CUUUUUAUAUUACUCCUCUCUCACAAUUACUCUCCAUUUUUCUAUUCCCAAAUCCAAAAAAAUCCCCAACUGGUCUUCAGAGUUGUUGAGAAGGAGGAAGGGAUCUUUGAAUGGAUCCACUCUAGAACUGCAAGUCUUCUUCAUUCUAGAGUGUAUCAACAAAAAUGGGUGUACUGUUCAAUGGAGCUCAGAGAAGUGAUCUCAAACCAGGAGAUCAUAUCUAUACUUGGAGAGUUGUCUAUGCUUAUUCUCACCAUGGAAUCUAUAUGGGGGGAGAUAAAGUAGUACAUUUCACUCAAGAACGGGAUGAAUCUUCGGGUUUUGGAGCUUCGUUGAAUACGUCUGCGCCAACUUCGAGUAUUCCGUCAAACUUGAAAUUGCCAAACCCCUCAGCUUCAGCUUCGAAUUUCCCAUCAAACUUGAAAUUACCAAACCCCUCAGCUUCAGCUUCGAAUUUCUCAGCAAACUUGAAACUGCCCAAUCCCUCCUCAGGUUCAACUUCGAGUAAUCCGUCAAAUUUGAGUUCUUCCAAUUCCUCUGGUUCAGGAUCAAAUUUGGGUUCGUUCAAUUCCUUUGGUUCGGGGUCGAAUCUUGCAUCAAGUUGUUCAAAUUUCCCUGAUUGCGGAUUCAAAAACCCAAACAGUGGAGUAGUACUGUCUUGCUUAGACUGUUUCCUUGGAUCAGGAAGCUUAUACUUGUUUGAAUAUGAAGUUACCCCGUCCAUUUUCUUUGCUAAAGUCAGGGGUGGGACGUGCACUACAGCCAAAUCCGACCCUACGGAUAUGGUAAUUCACAGGGCAAUGUAUCUGCUUCAAAAGGGUUUUGGUAACUACGAUAUUUUUCUAAACAACUGUGAAGACUUUGCACUAUAUUGCAAGACAGGUCUUCUGACUCUCGAUAAGUCGGGCGUGGGAAGGAGUGGACAAGCAGCUUCGGUCGUUGGAGCUCCGUUAGCUGCCAUACUUGCAACACCUCUGAGAUUUCUAAUGCCAGCUCCUGUCGGGAUGGCGGUAACUGCUGGAAUGUACUGUGUGAGCAGGUAUGCUACUGAUAUUGGUGUCAGAUCCGAUGUGAUCAAAGUGGCUGUGGAGGACAUGUCAGUAGAUCUUGGUUGGGUGCGUAAUCCUGGCAAGGAAGCAGCUGAGGAGGAUGAGGAGGUUUCUAAGAGAGAAAUCCUAAACCAUGGACUCGGCUCUUCUUCAAAUCCAAAGCGGAAAAAGUCUAGUUGACAUCAAUUGGUUCUAUGCAAGUGUGAAUAGGUCAGUGUAGAUAUUUCCUACUUGACCUGUUGAUGAGAUUAUCUCUUUCGUCUGUUGUCGAGUGGGUUUCGUUUCUAGUUAAAUUUGUGCAGAUUGAGACGUAACUUGUAAGGAAUCUUAGUUCUAUCAUAUAAUAAAACCCAGUAGAUUGCGAGUACAUUCUCUGUUAUUUCUUUUUCUUGUAUAAGAAUUAUGACAGGUAUGUUCUCUUAUGUGAAUUUGAAGUACUGACAUUGGUAAAAUUUCUGUUCUAAGCUUGUUGAAGGGUAUUCA